CUGUAAGAGUUACACUCUAUGCAAUUUUCUCAAGUGUUGUUAAAUUCUGCUUCAUAUUGCUUGGGGAUCUUGUUAGUCAUUUUCCUUUCUUGCACUAUUUUUAAGAAAUGAUUAUCUUUUCAAAAACAGUUAUUUUGAUUGCAUUACUGAUGUAUUGAACUUUAAACUCAAUGUUACUGGACGUCACAGAGAUAGAGAGAUUGUUCCCGAAAGAUUGUAAGGAUCGUUUGACUAGGAACAGGCUAUCCAGUGAUUAAUUAUCCCGGGAUGAGUUAUUCCACCAUUUAUAUGGGAUAAGUAAUCCCAUCACUAUGGCAAAAAUGGUGGGGAUAAAUAAUCCAAGGACUACCUAGUACCUCCAACCAAACGUGGGAGUAAAUAAUCCUACAUUUUAUUCUAGGAUUAUUAUACCUAAUACCUCACACCAAACGACUCCGAAGGGCAAAAAAGUUCAAUAAACAUUUUUAAGUACCUUCGUGCUUUUAAUAUGAUAUAGAUAGAUAAAGAUUGCGAAAGGUAAAACUUGAUGAAAUAAAAUAUGUAAUGAUAAUGUUUGUAGCUAAUAUUGAUUUAAAAUUCACUCAUAUAAGCGGAUCACAUCUUCUCGUAAAUGAAAUAAUUUAUUAGCAAUUUAAAUAGGUGUCUUAAUUCUAAAUUGUUUUAUCUUUUUACAAUUUGUAUUUAACUUUUUGCACCGAAAGAGUUGAUGAAUAAUGCUUGCUUGAAGGGAAAAACUGUCGUUCAGCUUUUGAUGGUUAUUUUCGUCUUUCAACUUUUACCUUUGAGGCUUCCCACUUAUAGAAUAAUAUAGUAUGUAUAGUAUAUAUGAUUAUAUGAUAUAGAUAUAGAUAUAUAAUAGAGGGAUCAUAAACACAGUUCUGCAAUAGCAUAAGUGCUAAAAUUGCUAUUUCCCCGAACUUGGAGCUUUCACUAUAAGAAGGGAAAAACAUUAAACCUAGUCUCCAACCUCAAGAGUUAUAAUUGCUGCAACUCAAAUGGAAUCCAGAGGCGAUGAAGUCAUCCCUCGGCACCCUAAACAGAGCAAACCCACAAAUCCUGCCCAUUUUUUAUCCGUUUUAAACCAAGAUUCACUCUUGCCAAUGCCUAAUCUUCCUGCAGAACUCAUCCUAGAAAUCUUGUUAAAGCUUCCGGUGAAAUCCCUAUUGCAAUUUAGAUCUGUUUCGAAAUCUUGGCUUUCCUUAAUCUCUAGCCCUGAAUUUGUGAAGGCUCGUCUCUCUUUAUCCACUAGUAACAAGACCUACACACACCAUGGAGUUAUAACUAAAGCUUCUAAUACUAGCCGCGGUGUCGAGGAUUGUUCUAUUUGCUCUUUACUUUACGAUUCUGUACCCGAGUCAUUUGAGUUGGAUAAUCCAGGUAAAAAUCCCAAUGCUUUUCCUCUCUUUGUGGGUUCGGUUAAUGGAUUGGUUUGUCUUGCUAUCAAUCUAUUUUACGGAUUAGAUUGCUUUAUUAUAUGGAAUCCAUCAAUUAAAAAGUAUAAGAAAUUGCCUUACGAGGAGCAUAUUGUUCCUUAUUUCACUUUUGGUUUUGCAUAUGAUGAAUUCGAAGAUGAUUACAAGAUAGUGGGUAUUUUCCCUAUUUAUGAUUAUGCAAUUCUUUGUCGUAUUGAGGUCAAAAUAUAUAGUCUAAAGAAUGAUUCUUGGAAACGUGUUAAAAAUUAUAAAGGUGCGGAGCUCUUGGGUGAUUCUGCUAAGUUUGUUAAUGGGAAUUUUCAUUGGCUUGAUAAGCACUGGAAUAUUAUUUCUAUGGAUUUGGCAGAUGAGAAAUGGGAAGAGGUAGAUCAGCCCUGCUGUUUUAAAGGAUGUGGAUUUUUGAAGCUAGGAGUGUUUGAGAGUGAUCUUUCUGUGUUUUGUAAUUAUGCGUGGACUCAUGUUGAUGUAUGGGUUAUGAAGGAAUAUGGAGUAAAAGAAUCUUGGACAAAGAUGUUCACCGUCAAGUCACCCGAAGAUUCUGGGGGACGUAUAUUUUAUCCAAUUAUAUUAAUGUCAAAUGAAGGUGAAAUUUUGCUUAAGUUUGGAUCACGUUUCGUGAAAUACAAUCCAAAGGAUGACUCAAUCAGAUAUCUAGAUGUUACUAAGUUAGCUCCAUGUCUUGAGGUACAAAUAUAUGUUAAGAGCCUAGUUUGCCCUUUUUACUGAUGAGAUCACGAUUUCACCAACAACGCAGGCUGAAAUAAUUCUGAUGAAGACAAUUGUGUGACUGAUAACCUGUAAGAGUUACACUCUAUGCAAUUUUCUCAAGUGUUGUUAAAUUCUGCUUCAUAUUGCUUGGGGAUCUUGUUAGUCAUUUUCCUUUCUUGCACUAUUUUUAAGAAAUGAUUAUCUUUUCAAAAACAAUUAUUUUGAUUGCAUUACUGAUGUAUUGAACUUUAAACUCAAUGUUACUGGACAUCAUAGAGAUAGAGAGAUUGUUCCUGAAAGAUUGUAAGGGUCGGUUGACUAGGCCAAGCUAUCCAGUGAUUAAUCAUCCCGGGAUGAGUUAUUCCACCAUUUAUAUGGGAUAAGUAAUCCCAUCACUAUGGCAAAAAUGGUAAGGGAUAAAUAAUCCAAGGACUGCCUAGUACCUCCAACCAAACGUGGGAGUAAAUAAUCCUACAUUUUAUUAUGGGAUUAUUAUACCUAAUACCUCACACCAAACGACUCCGAAGGGCAAAAAAGUUCAAUAAACAUUUCUAAGUACCUUCGUGCUUUUAAUAUGAUAUAGAUAGAUAAAGAUAGCAAGAUAAGGUAAAACUUGAUGAAAUAAAAUUUGUAAUGAUAAUGUUUGUAGCUAAUAUUAAUUUAAAGUUCACUUAUAUAAGCGGAUCGCAUCUUCUCGUAAAUGAAAUAAUUUAUUAGCAAUUUAAAUAGGUGUCUUAAUUCUAAAUUGUUUUAUCUUUUUACAAUUUGUAUUUAACUUUUUGCACCGAAAGAGUUGAUGAAUAAUGCUUGCUUGAAGGGAAAAACUGUCGUUCAGCUUUUGAUGGUUAUUUAGUCUUUCAACUUUUACCUUUGAGAAUUCCCACUUAUAGAAUAAUAUAGUAUGUAUAGUAUAUAUGAUUAUAUGAUAUAGAUAUAGAUAUAUUAUAGAGGGAUCAUAAACACAAUUCUGCAAUAGCAUGAGUGCUAAAAUUGCUAUUUCCCCGAACUUGGAGCUUUCACUAUAAGAAGGGAAAAACAUUAAACCUAGUCUCCAACUUCAAGAGUUAUAAUUGCUGCAACUCAAAUGGAAUCCAGAGGCGAUGAAGUCAUCCCUCGGCACCCUAAACAGAGCAAACCAACAAAUCCUGCCCAUUUUUUAUCAAUGUUAAACCAAGAUUCACUCUUGCCAAUGCCUAAUCUUCCUGCAGAACUCAUCCUAGAAAUCUUGUUAAAGCUUCCGGUGAAAUCCCUAUUGCAAUUUAGAUCUGUUUCGAAAUCUUGGCUUUCCUUAAUCUCUAGCCCUGAAUUUGUGAAGGCUCAUCUCUCUUUAUCCGGUAGUAACAAGAACUAGUCCCACCAUGGAGUUAUGGUUAAGGUUUCUACUAAAUCUGUCUUAGUUGUCAAGGAUUGUUCUGUUAGGUCUUUGCUUUACCAUCCCGUAACAGAGGCAUUUGACUUGGAUUAUCCCGGUAAAAGUCCCAAUCAGUAUCUUUGGUUUGUGGGUGUUGUCAAUGGAUUGAUUUGUUUUUCCAUCCGUCUAUUUGACGGAUUGUACGACUUAUUUCUAUGGAAUCCAUCAAAUAGAAAGUAUAAGAAAUUGCCUAAUUUUAAACUUGAUGUAAGCCACUAUUACUAUUUGAAUGGACAUUUUAAUUUCAAAUUUGGUUUUGCAUAUGAUGAGUUGCAAGAUGAUUACAAGGUAGUGGGUAUUUUUCCUAUUUAUACAAGGAGACACUUGAGUCGUGUUGAGGUCAAAAUAUUUAGUUUAAAGAGGGAUUCUUGGAGAUGCAUUGAUGAUUUUCGAGGUCAAGAGCUCUUGGCUGGUACUGCUAAGUUUGUCAAUGGGAAACUUCAUUGGCUUGACAAGCAAUGGAACAUCAUUUCUAUUGAUUUGGCUGAUGAGAAAUGGGCAGAGCUAGAGCGACCAUCCUGUUUUAAAAAAUAUGGAUUUUUGAAGCUAGGAGUGUUAGGGGGUGAUCUUUCUGCUUAUAUUUAUGCAUCGAGUCAUACAGAUGUCUGGGUUAAUGAAGGAAUAUGGGGUAAAAGAAUCUUGGACUAAGAUAUUUACCACCUAGUCUCCUGGUUAUCCUAUGGAACAUCCAUUUCAUCCAACCAUUUUAACGUCAAAUGAAGGUGAACUUUUGUGUCUGUUUGGAGGUAGCUUGAUGAAAUACAAUACAAAGGAUAACAUGAUCAGCUAUCUAGAUGUUACCAACUUUGGUCUAUGUCUUGAGGCAGAAAUCUAUGUUGAGAGCCUAAUUUGUCCCUUUUCACAGCAGGGAUAACGAAUGCCACAACAACGGAGGCUGAAAUAAUUCAGAUGAGAAAUUGUGUGACUAAUAACCUGUAAAAGUUGCACUCGAUGUAUUUUUUGUAAGUGCUGUUAGAUUCUGCUUCAUUUUUCUUGGGGAUCUUGUUAGUUUUUUUCCUUUUCAGCACCAGUUUCAAGAAACAUAAUCUUAUGCACAAUCAAUUAUUUUUGUUGUAUUACCAGGUGUGUUGAACUUUAAACAUAAUGGUACUUGAUGUUGUUGCUCUUCUUGAGCUCUUUUUAAAGGAGAUGUUGUCCCUA